UAUGAAGAUUUCUUUAAAAGAGGUAUCCUGAUUCUCCUGAUCUAGCUCUCCCAGUGCCAUGCUUCAUGCUUAGUCAUUUAGACUUAACACAGAUUGAAAGUCUGCUGCGUGAGGCUUUGGGGAGAUGCGAAAAUGAUCUAAAAGAAACUACAGUCUAGUAAGACAGAGGAGCUCUGUUAAUAAGCAGUUACAGAAACUAGGAGCUGACAGGUGUCAUAGAAGAGACAGAGGUACAGAAGCACAUAGGAUGGAAAGGUCAUGAUAAAAGUGGUGACUAAAGGUAAAAAUAGGGCCUCAGGGAAUUAGAGCAAGAGCCUAACUUCCCUUAUAGAUGUUUACCUUGAUCAGCUCUCAAGGAGCUCUUGCACAUAGUGUAUCAGAUUAGUUGGUUACUAAAAUUGGUAGUUCUGUUGAAUGUUCCUCCUGAUUUUUAUGGAUGAUGGUGCUUUCAGACUAGUUGAGCAAGAUUUUUCAUCCUAGAGAAUGUCCCCAAACUUGUUGAGUUUUAACGUGGCCUCACCUGCAUUCUCUGUUCAUGACCCUGUGCCCUUGUGCAUGACAAGUGGGUGUGGUUUGAAUAACAGCUCAGCCGGAAACCAUGCAGGGCUCCAGCUUGUUCACCUUUUUCAUAACAGUUUUGAACUGGAGUGUGUACUAAUUUCAGGUAAAUUUAACUUGAAAACAUCAGGAAAUAAUAAGUUUUGUCUACCACCUUUCAGAUUUAUACCAACCAACCAACCCAUUGCCAUCGAGUUGAUUCUGACUCAUAGCCACCCUAAAGGACAGAGUAGAACUGCCUUAUAGGGUUUCUAAGGAGCUCCUGGUGGAUUCGAACUGCCGACCUUUUGGUUAGCAGCUGUAGCUCUUAACCAAUACACCACCAGGGUUUCCUUCGGACUCAUAACGAUACAUAUUUCCUCGUGUACAUUAGAGAUUUCACCAAUCACAAUGAUUUUUAGCUGAUUUGAUGGGAUUUUCUUAAAGCAUAUGGCAGCAGAAUGGCUUUAAGAAUAACUUCAGGGGCAGAAUUUAAUCAGUAUUAGUUCUGACGGGUAAGCUAUCCUCUGUCUUUGCCAUAGAAAGCACAUCCGGUGGAGCCAAUCAAAGAUGAAGGUCAGAUUGAUUAAGCUACUGGGUGUGGUGUGUAAAACACUGCCUAAUUUACAGUUUUCCUUUUUUUUUUCUUAGCACUUCUACAGUAAUGCCAUCAGUGUUGCUUUAUUUUAAUGGGACAUCCUAUUUCCAACUUGUGGUUUGAGUUUGAUCUUGAGCUUGGUCUGAAGACAUUUCUAGGAGGUGUGAAAGUGAAGUUAGUCAUGCUUAAACAUUCCAUUGGUGCACAAUUACUCCUUUUAAAAUAAUGUGCGCAUAUUUAGUUUGAAGCUAUGUGGGAACCGCCCACUGCUUAUUUUUUCCUUCAUUUUAUGUUUAUAAAGAAUGAAGAAAUGUAAUUGAAUUUCCAAGUGGCAAACCUGGCUAUGGUCCCUACCUAAUCGAAGGUUCAUUCUGUUGUACAUAGGUUGCUAUGAGUCAGAACUGACUUGAUGGCACCUAACAACGACAAUCUAAGGUACGUUAUAUUCUGAAAUUUUAAUAAUCUAUCUUUGAGUGUUUCCAAAAUAAAAUUAAAAUCCUACAUCUGGAAUUCAUCACUCAUUCUGUAGAUAGUAACUGAACAUCCAUGCUAAGAGCUGGUGAAACAGAAAUGAAAAAGACACGUACCCAAUCUUUAGAAGUUUACAGUUGAGUGUGGGGAGAUAAACCAACUGACAGCUACUCAAUGCACACUUCAGUGAUGAAAAAAGAGUUAUGAUAGAGGUAGUUAGGGGUUGCUGAAAGAACCUUAAAAAGGGCAUCUAGCAUACACUGGGGCCUUAGGGAGUGUUUCACUUUCACAUAGAUGUCUAAUCUGAGCGAUGGAGGUUGAGCGUUUACGGUAAUAACGCAUGUGCUUACAUAUUGACACUUUGUCAGAUACUGUGCCACGUGCUUUGCAUACAGUUCAUUUAGGCUAUACUAUUUUUUUUUUUUAUGGAAACCCUAUGGUGUUGCAAUGAGUUGGACUCGACAGCAGUGGGUUUAGUUUUUUGGUUUAUCGUUCUAUGAGGCAAGUGUUAUUUUCCUUAAGUUACAAAGAAGGAAACUGAAUGCUAAGAAAAGCAACUUCCUCCAAAUGACUCAGUAACAGGUGGAAUCUGGAUACAGCUCCAGUCUGUUUUACUCCAGAGCUCGAGGGUGUGCUAGCUUGCCUUUCCAUAUAAGCUAGCCAGGAGACGGAGGUGGGGGAAGAGAAGAGGGAAGGGAGAGAGUGAAGAGGGCGUUCUAGCCACAGAGAGCAGUAUGUGAAGGCUCCAGUGGGAGAAGGUGGUACAGCUAAGGAACUAAAAGUGAUUUAGACUGUCUGGAACACAAAAUUCAAAGGUCAGAGAGACGAAGCAGGAGGGAAGCACAGGCCAGGGGUGAAGGGCUCUUUGGCCAAGAAAGGAGCCACUGAAAGAUUUUUAGCAGAGAUGUUUCACGAUCAAAUCUGUGUUAGAAUGGUCUUCCUCAGUGGCAGUGUGGAGGCUGAAAUUUAAGAAAGCAGAAAUGAAGCAAUAAUCCAUGUGAGAGAUGAGAACACAAACUAAUGAAGUGGACUGGUCUAGAAGAAAGUGAACCAAAGUUACUGACGGAGGGAAGACUUUGGAAUGAAGGAGAGAAAGGAGCCAAAGAUGACUCUGGGACAGGCUUUGGAAGCAACUUGAUACACUGCCUGGGCCUGAGCCAUCAUCUGCUCGCCCUGAAUUUUAUCAUCGUUUCUUUCGGCAAGAAAAGUGCAUGGUCGUCUGCUCAGGUGAAGGUGACUGACACCGACUUUGACGGGGUGGAAGUCAGAGUGUUUGAAGGCUCUCCAAAGCCAGAAGAGCCUCUGAGACGCAGCGUUCUUUACAUACACGGAGGAGGCUGGGCUUUGGCCAGUCCAAAAAUCAGCUACUAUGAUGAACUAUGUACAGCAAUGGCCAAGGAAUUGAAUGCUGUCAUUGUCUCCAUUGAAUACAGGCUAGUUCCAAAGGUUUAUUUUCCCGAACAAAUUCACGAUGUUGUACGUGCCGCGAAGUAUUUCCUGCAACCAGAAGUCCUAGAGAAGUAUUCGGUUGACCCAAGCAGAAUUGGCAUUUCUGGUGACAGUGCUGGUGGUAAUUUGGCUGCUGCCCUCGGGCAACAGUUUAGUCAAGACGCCAGUCUAAGAAACAAGCUCAAACUGCAAGCUUUAAUUUAUCCGGUUCUUCAAGCUCUAGAUUUUAACACACCCUCUUAUCAGCAGAAUGCGAACACCCCAAUCCUGCCCCGCUACGUCAUGGUGAAGUAUUGGGUGGAUUACUUCAAAGGCAACUAUGACUUUGUCCAGGCAAUGAUAGUUAACAAUCACACCUCCCUUGAUGUGCAAGAGGCUGCUGCCCUCAGGGCCCGUCUAAACUGGACAUCCCUCUUGCCUGCAUCCAUCACAAAGAACUACAAGCCAGUCAUGCACACCACGGGCAAUGCCAGGAUUGUCCAGGAGAUCCCUCAGUUGCUCGAUGCCCGUUCUUCCCCACUUAUUGCAGACCAGGAAGUCCUCCAGCACCUCCCAAAGACCUAUAUUCUCACCUGUGAGUAUGACGUCCUAAGAGACGAUGGGAUCAUGUAUGCAAAGCGUUUGGAGAAUGCAGGUGUGGAGGUGACCCUUGACCACUUUGAGGAUUGCUUCCACGGGUGCAUGAUUUUUACCAGCUGGCCCACCAACUUCUCAGUGGGAAUCCGGACUAGAAAUAGUUAUAUCAAGUGGCUGGAUCAAAACCUAUAAAGGAGUACAACUUCUAGAAGGCUUGAGCCUCUCUUGACCUCUUGAAACUGCUUUGAAAGACAUGCACUUUUUAGUUGACCGAUUUCUCCAUUGCUUGUGACUUAUGGAAUCUCUAGUCCCUGCAGACUUUUUGAUGGUUGUGUUUUGUUUUGUUUAAUGAACUUAAUUAACUUAAGUGCAAAACAUCUGCACCUGGUUCCCAAAGUGGAUCAGUCUGUCUGUUAUGGUGGUUUUAGCCAAACAACUCCUAAUACACACAGCUGGAGAAAGCAGGGCCAGGAGCUGGAAAUAGCUUUGGGUCCUGGCUUUGUUAGAUACUUUUUUUUAGAAGAAAUUCUUCCAUUGCUUCUCAGCCUGUUGGCUAAGCUCAAGUGCAGAAGAAAUUCCUCCAGCUGUAAACGAUAUCAUGAUCUUUAAUGAGUUAAGAAAAUGUGGUCUCUUUUCAACUUGCUAGAAUUUACUUUGGGUUCAGAGCAGUGUUAAAUGUGUGCACUUUAAGGUCAGUGCUGGGUCAGAGUGCCCUUCGUUGUUUACGGAUGGACGGUUUCAUUUCCUAUAGGAGUUUUGGCAAAGGCAAGGAGAAGUGUCUUAGAGGACUUCAUUUUAUGAGAUAGCUAUCCAUAAGUUGGAUUGUAAUACUUGAAAGCUACUUUCCACCACUCUUACUAGAAAAUAUGAGGUUGCAUGCACUGAAUACCUGCACAUAAUUAAGUUUUUGUUGCUUUUCGUGAGCUGUCUCCUUGGGAGAUCUUUUGGGAACAAGUUUAUUUAGAUCAAGGAUAAUUUUUUUUAAUUUUAGAACAAGUAAAAACAGGCAAAUGAAAUACUUUGUUGUGUCAUAAUGAAUACUUCUGACAUAAAUUACCAAGAGCAGUGUGUAUAUAUUUGGCAUAGUUAGAAAAGGAAAUGAAUUUAAUAUAGUUUAAAAUUAUGAAAAAUACCUUUAGAAGGUCUAGUUUAUUCUUGAAAACUCAUCCUUUUUCACUUAUAUGGCUUUAAAAAUGGGGCUAUUUUGGAAUAUAUAAUGUAUUGUUUAUUUUUUAAGGUUAUUUAAUGUUAAUAUAUGCGGCUAGACUUAGAAUUUUUCAAAAGUAAUGACUGCGAUGAAUAUUUAAAAUAAUGGUAUUUUUGAAAAACUACCUUAGGGUUUAAAAAACUACCUUAGAGUUAUAUCCAUAUUUAAUUUUGUGGAAAGAGAUAAAAUAGUUAUUAGUACUAUUAAACAUUAAGCCUAUUUUGAUGUUUUGCAUAUGUAAAUUAAAAUAAUUAGUAACUGUGAGUACAUUUGAUAAAGUCAUCUAUGUUUAUGGUUCAUGAGCUUAGGAAAGACCCAGGCUGCUCCUCUCUGUUCUCUAUGGCCAGGGCGACACUAGCUCAUAUGCUUUUGGGUAAAGGGCAUACACUGGUACAUAGUACCUAUACCCUUCGUUUCUCCUUCCAGCCAGAUCUAGAAGUUCCCAUACCCAAGUUUAACUUCAUGUAAAGCCUUCACUGCCAGUGGGAAUAUCUUUGGCAUAGCAAGGAGCUCCAAUUUGGAUUUGGUAGCUGUGCCUCUGCCCUUCUUCCUGCCCCCUUCCUUCUGUUCCCACUCCAUGCUCCUUUUAGGGACUGCAGAAAGCUGCACUGUAACCAGGUAACUGUAUCAGGGGAGAGGAAGUUGAACAUUUUCUCUCCACUAAAGGAUGGGUAUUUCCCCACUUCUGGCAGUGGAAUGACAAAUGAAAACUUGCAUCCUUUUUUUUUUCAUUUAUUGUAUGAGCUAAUAGCAUUAUUGUAUGAGCUAAUGCAAAACAGAAGUAAAUGCAGUAGUGUGUGUGCCUGUGUGUGUAUGAAAAUAACCAUACAAGCUAACUUGCUAAGGUACUUAGGUAAUUUACUUACCAUGUUUGGACCUUUUCUUCCUUUCCUCUAAAAUCAGCAAGUUGGAUUACUUGAUCUAUAAGGUCUCAUCCAACUAUAAGUUCCAACCAUCUUGUCAGGUGGCAAAUCGUAUUGGCCUCUUCUUCUAUGGUGGUUUUUUUAAGGCUGUUAUUCCAUAUAUACAGACACUUGCAUCAGCAAUGAUUUUUCUUUCUAGAAAACUGGAAUUUUAGUUAGUACUCUAUGAUGUUUUUUACUCUAUGAUAGCUGUAUCCUUCACAUGAUACUAUUCUUUUUGAGACAAUUUGAAGGAACCAAAGUUUGGACCUUAUUUUGGGGGUCAUCUACCUCUAAGAAAGCAGAAAAAUAAUAUGUGCACAAAAUUCCUUAAAAUGACACCCCACCCCCCGAGGUGUGAGCCACAUCCUAAAGACAUUAUAUUACAGAUUUCUAAAGUGUUCUCUUGAAUGAAAAGGGAGUGAAGAAAAAAAAGGGGUUAACCACUGUUUCUGAUGAAAUACUUGAACUUCACUGGCGAUUUUAAGUAUGUGAUUAAUUUGUGAGUUUUAAAUAUGUGAAUAAUUUGUCUAGUAACUUACACUGCAUCCCACCUCAGACUUUGCUAUAAUGAAAGUCUGCUUGGGAUAACGACAACUGCAAAUCAUGAUACAUGAAAAUCACUGGAUAUAAAUUAGCCUAUAACCACAACAAUGGACUCAAGCAUACCAGUGAACUUGAAGAUGGCACAGGACUGGGCAGUACUUCAUUCUGUUAUAGAAGAUAUUUUGGUUUGGGGUGAAUUUAUUGUUCUUUGAGUUUUUGUUUGUAUUAAAAAAAAAAAAUUAUGCUCUCUGCAGUUUUUUUUUUUAGUGUUAUGGCUUUGUUUUGUUUUCCUAUUUUAUGAAAAAGCUGAUAAUCUUUAUUGUAAUCAUUGUCUGUGAAAUAUGAAUGCAAAUAUAUGAAGAAAAAACCUUAAAGUUAAGUGCUAUAAAAUAUAGUGAAAUGUAAAUUAGUUUUAGUGUUUUAGCAUUUAUUUGUGAAGAAUUUUAGACUAUUGUAUAAUUAUCUUCAUGGAUAUAAUAAUAUUUUAUGCAUGACCUUUUAACUUUGGACUUUUUGCUUAUUUCCCACUAUGAAAGGGGAGGCAGAUUUUAUGAAGGGUUUUAGUAGCAAAUAUAUUUUAUAAAAUGAAAAUCCAGUAUGGAAAAUCUAGCAUCUAUCUGUUUUGAAUCAUAUUUGGAAAUAAAAUGGCUCCAUCUGAGAAUGUGACUCUUUCACUUCCCCUUGUCUCAUUUUCUGGUUCACACCUAAGACAGUGUUCUCUCUGUACCCCACAGCUGUAGCACAAUCUUCCCCAAGUCUUCUGCUCACUGGCGUACCCCA